AUGCCGGCCACAAGACAAGACUUCGAAGAGGUCUUUCCACGCCUGGUGGCAGACUUGAAAGAGCACUGUGACAAGUACAAGCUCCCGGAACAGGCUUUGAAAUGGUUCGAGCAGAGCCUCCACCACAACACCCUUGGCGGGAAAUAUAACCGCGGGCUAUCCGUCAUUGACACCACCCAGCUCUUGCUCGGUCGCGAGCUUAGCGAAGAUGAGUACUUCAAGACGGCGACACUAGGUUGGAUGAUCGAAUUGCUGCAAGCCUUCUUCCUGGUCAGCGACGACAUAAUGGACGCUUCGAAGACACGCCGAGGGCAGCCUUGCUGGUAUCUCAUGCCCAAUGUCGGCAUGAUUGCCAUCAACGAUGCCUUCAUGCUGGAAUCGAGCAUCUACCUGCUGCUGCGCAAGUAUUUUCGACAGGAAAAGUACUACAUUGAUCUUGUUGAGCUCUUCCACGAAGUCUCCUUCCAGACCGAGCUCGGACAAAGCUGCGAUCUUCUCACAGCUCCCGAGGAUCAUGUUGACCUCGACAACUUCAGUCUGGAGAAGUACACCUUCAUUGUCAUCUACAAGACCGCAUACUACAGCUUCUACUUGCCUGUUGCUCUCGCCAUGCACUUUGCCGGUUACGCUUCACCCAAGAAUCUAAAGCAGGCCGAGGACAUACUAAUACCUAUGGGCGAAUACUUCCAGGUACAAGACGACUACCUUGACAAUUUCGCCGAUCCGUCUGUGCUGGGCAAAAUCGGGACAGAUAUCCAAGACAACAAGUGCAGUUGGCUGGUGAAUCAGGCGUUGAAGCGGUGCAGCAAGGAGCAGAGAGACAUACUCGAACACAACUAUGGGCGUAAGGACGAGGCGUGCGAGGCAACGGUGAAGAAGCUGUACGACGAACUUGACCUGGAGAAGGUGUACAAGGAGUACGAGGAGAAACGGGUGUCCGAGCUCCGAGAGAAGGUCGCACAGCUCGAUGAGAGUGAUGGGCUGAAGAAGGGUGUGUUUGACGAGUUCCUGCGCAAGAUCUACAAGCGGAGCAAAUAG